UGCUCCGCGAGACAACAUCGAGAGACAAGAAAGUCUCUCUCUCUCUACUCUAAAUACAAAUUCUUGCAAUUCCUAGCAAUUAGACAAACGCGUGCUGCAGUCAACAAGUUUGCGCUAAGCCCUCGAGUUAAAUACAAAUAAUAUUAAUAAAAGAAAAACUUAAUUGUGAAGUACAUGCGCCAAUAUGUGUGACUAUGACGAUCUUACAGCACCUAUCACGAGACACCGGGGCCCAGAGCAUGUUAAAACACUCAAGAUCUUGUACACGGCGAUAAAAAGUGUAAAAGCAGUAAACAACAAGUGCUAAAAACAAGCUGAAGACAGCAGGCACAGCCAACUUUGACACUUGCAGAAAUUUCAUUCAAAACAUUUACAGGUUAAGACACAAUCUAUUGCCAAGAGUAUAAGCGCAGAUUCAGCUAAAAAAUAUUGAUACGACAUCAAUUAAAACCCCACCAAGUUGUCGAGCAUGCUCUAUUUGUUAAACAAUUAAUAAGUAGCGCUAUUUCCAAUCAAUGUCAACUAGAUAAGCUAUUGUGUUUAAUCAAAAGUUAAGUAUGUUUUCCUGCUUUGGCUUUACAGCGGAACUUUAUCACGAGCGCUUGCCCAAUGUGUGCGGCGCCAUGGGCGCCAAGGCGCGCAAUUGUUGCAGCCCAGCUACAGUGAAACAUUUAUUUCCCAUAUGCGACUGGUUGCCAAAAUACAAAUGGAAUUAUUUGCUAGCUGACUUUGUGGCAGGGCUGACAGUGGGACUCACAGCCGUAACGCAGGGCAUAGCCUAUGGCGUUAUGGCAGGUUUGCCGCCUGUUUAUGGCUUGUAUUCCUCAUUUAUGGGCGGCUUUAUCUACAUUCUUUUUGGCACCUGCAAGGACAUUACAGUGGGUGCCACUGCCAUUAUGUCAAUGAUGGUGUCCACACACAUACACAAAAAUCCCGAUUAUGCGGUGUUGUUGUGUUUCUUUUCUGGCUGCCUUAUACUCCUCAUGGGCCUACUAAAUCUGGGGGUGCUAAUGCGUUUCAUCUCAGUGCCUGUAACGACAGGUUUUACCCUAGCAGCAGCUUUAACCAUAGGCAGUGGCCAAGUUAAUAAUCUGUUUGGCAUAGCGGGCAGCUCGGAUGGAUUUUUAAACUCUUGGAUUUACUUCUUUAGUCACAUACAGCACACACGUCGUAAUGAUGCAAUCUUAGGCUGUUGCACGCUUGCAAUGUUGCUGCUCAUGCGCCAACUCAAAGAUGUGCCUUGUGGCUGGCGUGCAGUUAACAAAUAUCUAUCCUUAUGCCGCAAUGUAUUUGCUGUAUUCAUUGGCAUUCUGUUGUGUUAUUUGCUAAGCCGAGGCACAAAUGAAAUGCCAUUUCGCAUAAGUGGUGACAUUAAUGCUGGCUUGCCACCAUUUCGUCCGCCACCUUUUACGACAACAGAUAAGGAAGGCAACUACGUUAGCUUUGGUGGCAUGUUGUCCAAUUUGGGCGCUUCCUUAAUAAGCAUACCCCUGCUCUCCAUCUUGGAAAGUGUAGCAGUAGCCAAAGCAUUCUCCAAAGGCAAAAUAGUGGAUGCAUCACAGGAAAUGAUUGCGCUGGGCUUUUGCAACGUUUUUAGCAGCUUUUUCUCCUCCAUACCCAUCACUGGUUCUUUUUCACGGUCAGCGCUGAAUAAUGCCAGCGGCGUUAUGACACCACUUGGUGGUGGUUUUACUGGUAUUUUGGUGUUGCUAAGUCUUGCCUGUCUGACUUCCACAUUUGCUUAUAUACCCAAAGCCACAUUGGCAGCGAUUAUAAUAUCAGCUAUGAUUUUUAUGGUUGAAUAUGAAACUAUAACUGAGAUCUGGCGUGCCAAAAAACGCGACAUGCUGCCAUUUAUGGCCACUACACUUAGCUGCCUCUUCUGGUCCUUGGAGUAUGGCAUGUUGGUGGGCGUUGUUGUAAAUAUGUUUUUCAUAUUACAAAAGAGCAUGACUCCCCAAUUCCAGCUCGAAACGCAAAAGCACAACGGCCUUGUUAUUGCUUUGGGUGAGCUAAAGGGCAAUGUGGAUUAUACAGCCGCCGAAUAUUUGAAAACAGCAAUUGUGGAGCACGUGACAGAGCAACAGGGCGCCAUAGCACUGGUCAUAAUAAAAGGCAGCGAAAUAAACUCAAUUGAUGCAACUGUAGCGCUGAACUUAGUUUCUUUACGUGAAGAUCUGCGUCUGCUGCAGUGUGAACUCAUCUUCUCGAAUUGGCAGCUUGCGGCGGCAGGCGUUGUGUGCCGCCUACAAAACAAGAUGCGCUGUAUUUUUAAGUUUACAAAAAGCUUUGAAGAGUUAAUGGAAAUUGCCAUAGCUGUCGUUGCCGGCAGCAGUACCAUUGUUCAAAUCGCUAGCGAGUCGAGUAAAUAAAAUAAAAUGUGUUUUUAAUUACGUUUAUAGCUUGAACGACUUGCAGAUACGCUAGAUUUAAAUUUUUUUUAGCUUUAGUAAAAUAAAAA